AACAAAAAAUCAGACAAAAAUUAGACAAACAAGUUAUAAAGCAGCAAUGACAAAAACGAGACAAAAAAAACACACAACAGCACGAAAAAGCAACGAAUAAAGCAAAACACAAAAUGACAAAAAUAAGACAAAAAAACACAAGCAAGACAAAAAGGAAACACAAAAUGACAAAACGAGCAACAAAAUGACAAAAAUAAGACAAAAAACACAAGCAAGACAAAAAGGAAAUACAAAAUGACAAAAAUGAGCAACAAAAUGACAGAACGUGAGACGAACAACAAAAGUCAGACAAAAACAACAAAAACAAGACAAAAUAUUACAAAAAUUAAACCACAAAAUAAAAACAAGACACAAAAUGACGAAAAAAUUUGACAAAUGACAUGCAACAAAACAAAAAAUGAUUCAAAAAAAUUCAACAAAAAACUUACGAAGCGACAAAAAAAUGUACAAAUGACAAAAACGGACAAAAAUAGACAAAACGACAAAAAUGACACGCAAAACAACAAAUAAUGCAAAACACAAAAUGACAAAAAUAAGACAAAAACCACAAGCGAGACGAAAAGGAAACGUAAAAUGACAAAAAUGAGAAACAAGAUGACAAAAAAGAGUCAAAAGUCAGACAAAAAACAACAAAAACAAGACAAAAUAUUACAAAAAUGAGACACAAAAUGACAAAAGAAACAAUAAGCUAUCUAGUAUUUUACUUUAUGAUCAAAACAACUUCUCAUGGUCUAGAAAUUAUUCUAAAUUUAUUGUUUUACAAAAAUUUCAAUCUAGAAUUCUUACACUUUGAGGGCCAAAUUGGACCCUCUGGAGGGCCGGUUUUGGCCCGCAGGCCACAUGUUUGACACCCCUGGUCUUCUUGAGGAUUUUUUUUUUUUUUUAGGGAGACCAGUCUAAAAACCUUAAUUCUAGCCUGAAUUAGUCAGAACAGCCUGAGAGCAUAAUACUGCCACCACCAUGCUUGACAACAGGUAUUAUUGGGUUGUCCUGCAAUAAAAUGGAGCUAACAGACCUCCUCAAUGAGAGGCCAAGGGUUCAGGAUUUUCCUUUAAUUUGUCACAAAAAAAUUAAUUUAGAUACUUUUUUAAAUGAGUAUGUUGGCAUUGUGGAAAACACCAUCACAUUUGUUCCUGUUAAGAGUUAGAAGAGAAGAUUUAUGCUUUAUGUUCUAAGUGCGCCUUCAGUAAAAUCUGCAUAUACAGGGUUAUUCAGAAAGAAUGAACUGAUUUCAUUAUGUAAUAUUUUAACAAGAAAUUGCAAUAGAAAUAGAAAACUCCAUCCAAGUCACAAGUAUUCUACUCACAAUCAACUUUUAUUUGAUGUUUAAGGUCAUCGAAUAACAUCGAAUAACAGCAGUCAGUCAGCUCAGUGGAUCGUGAUAUGCUGAUACAUGUCUGGGAGGAAUUAUUGCUUUGAUGCUGCCUGUGCUGCAGGUGGUGGCCACAUUGAACACGUGUAAGACAGGAAGUAGAAGUUGAUUGUGAGCAGAGUACUUGUGACUUGGCUGGAGUUUUCUAUUGCUUUUCCUUUUUUAAAAUAUUGCAUAAUGAACCUGGUUCAUUCUUUCUGAAUAACCCUGUACACUGUAGCCACAGUCAUCAGCUUAGCUUAGCAGUAGCUUAGCCCACAGCUUGCUGCUUUAUCUUCUUUUUGUUGUUGUCUUUGUUAACACAAAAAAAGAUCAAUAAGGAAUAACAUUUCUGAACAGCCAGUUACCAAACACAUUACAUUAGUCAAAAUGCGUCACCACCUAAAACUGCGUCUGUCAUUAAAAACCCUGUGUUUUCCUCCAAACCCGACUUGUCUCAUCUCCAUUUUAUAUUGUGUGAAAUCAAUGACAGCCACAUUAUUCAAUCAAGUGUCUUUGUAAUCCUCUCUCUCCUUGUGCUCUGCCUCCUCCUGUGAGAGCUGACCUUCAGUGGCAUUUAACUGCUGGCGGCAUUUGAAACGGCACAAAGCUGCUUCUCAACUAAAUGACUACUUGAGUCUUUUAAUGACACUCACAAAGAAUAGACAGAUAAGUAGACAUGCAGGGAUGUGAUGUUGAGCAACAUUUGACUGUGCACUUUGGCAGUCUAUCAAAUGCACAUGUUUGGGAGAGAUUCUACUUGGCUGGUUUUGGCAGGUAUGCAUCUGUUCUGAACACUCGCUGCAUAUUUUGUGGAUUUAUGACUGUGGAGAAUCAGGUAUUUGGUCAGUUUCUGCAUCUCCUCGGCUGCAGAGGUGUAAUUUCCAAACAAGAAGAAGAUGAGAGGCGCUCUGUUGCUCAUCGGACUGAUAGUCAUCACAGCUUGCACUCAAUCUCUGUGUGCGUCAGACAGUUGCCGUGAGGAGGUGGCUCGUCUGCGGGAACAGGAGAAGCUUCUGAAGGGGCAGAUUCAACAAGAGCUCCUCCUACACAGACUCCAACUGCUGAACCAACCUGGCAACAAGGAGAAAACAAGAGUCGACCAGAGCCUGGACACAGAGCACACAGACUGUUCACAGAUCUUUACUUCUGGCUACAAAUCCAGUGGUUUAUACAGAAUCAAACCCAAUGGCAGCUCCUCUCCAGUCCAGGUCUACUGUGAUAUGAGUGAAGGGGGAGGUUGGAUCAUACAGAGACGCAUCAACGGAACAGAGACAUUUAACAGGUCAUGGGCACAGUAUAAGGAUGGUUUUGGAGACGUGAAUGCAGAAUUUUGGCUUGGAAAUGACAACCUGCAUUACAUCACUGCACAAGGAAAUUAUUCUCUGAGGAUCAACUUGGAAGACUUUGAUGGUAACCAGCGCUACGCGGAGUACAAGAAUUUCAACCCGUAGGAUGAAAAGCAUCAUUACCGACUUAGCUUCGGCGCCUACAUUGGUACAGCCGGAGAUGCUUUGUCUGGCAGCUAUCAGACUGGUGUGUCAGGCUGGGCCAGUCAUCAGGACAUCAAGUUCAGCACCUACGACCAGGACAACGACAACUACAAAGGAAACUGUGCAGAGGAGGACACAGGAGGCUGGUGGUUCAACAAGUGUCACUCAGCCCACCUGAAUGGCAGGUACUACCGUGGCCACUACAGUGCUUCCACAGAUGAUGGCGUGGUUUGGUACACAUGGAGAGGGUGGUGGUACUCGCUGAAGACCAGCAUCAUGAAGUUGCGACCCAUCGACUUCAAAAUCGAUGCCAUCGAUGACCCCAACAGGGUUCAGCACUGAUCACCUUUCCUAAACCGCAUUAUGUUGCUGUUUAGCUUUAUGUAAUGCUUGGUUUAGAAACGUAAAAACACACUCUGACAGAAAUCUAAUCCUAUAAUCUGCUUAAAUUCCACAGGAACUUGUUUGCACACUGUGCAAUGAAUGAUUCCUGAUUACAGAUAUGCUUCUGCGUUGUGAGACUACAUCUGGACGGAGCAACAGUAGCAAUGACUGAACAGAAUAAAUAUGAACCAAA